GGCUUCCUGGAGGAGAGGGAGGGUUGAGCGGGGGGUCUCCGAGUGUGGCAGGAUAUGGAGAAGGAGCGCGAAACUCUGCAGGCCUGGAAGGAGCGUGUGGGCCAAGAGCUGGACCGCGUGAUGGCUUUCUGGCUGGAGCACUCCCACGAUCGGGAGCACGGGGGCUUCUUCACGUGCCUGGGCCGCGACGGGCGGGUGUAUGACGACCUCAAGUACGUCUGGCUGCAGGGGAGGCAGGUGUGGAUGUACUGUCGCCUGUACCGCAAGCUUGAGCGCUUCCACCGCCCUGAGCUUCUGGAUGCGGCUAAAGCAGGGGGCGAAUUUUUGCUGCGCCAUGCCCGAGUGGCACCUCCUGAAAAGAAGUGUGCCUUUGUGCUGACGCGGGACGGCCGGCCCGUCAAGGUGCAGCGGAGCAUCUUCAGUGAGUGCUUCUACACCAUGGCCAUGAACGAGCUGUGGAGGGUGACGGCGGAGGCACGGUACCAGAGCGAAGCGGUGGACAUGAUGGAUCAGAUCGUGCACUGGGUGCGAGAGGACCCCUCUGGGCUGGGCCGGCCCCAGCUCCCCGGGGCCGUGGCCUCGGAGUCCAUGGCAGUGCCCAUGAUGCUGCUGUGCCUGGUGGAGCAGCUCGGGGAGGAGGACGAGGAGCUGGCGGGCCGCUACGCGCAGCUGGGGCACUGGUGCGCUCGGAGGAUCCUGCAGCACGUCCAGAGGGAUGGACAGGCUGUGCUGGAGAAUGUGUCGGAAGAUGGCGAGGAACUUUCUGGCUGCCUGGGGAGACACCAGAACCCAGGCCACGCGCUGGAAGCUGGCUGGUUCCUGCUCCGCCACAGCAGCCGGAGCGGUGACGCCAAACUUCGAGCCCACGUCAUCGACACGUUCCUGCUACUGCCUUUCCGCUCCGGAUGGGACGCUGAUCACGGAGGCCUCUUCUACUUCCAGGAUGCCGAUGGCCUCUGCCCCACCCAGCUGGAGUGGGCCAUGAAGCUCUGGUGGCCGCACAGCGAAGCCAUGAUCGCCUUUCUCAUGGGCUACAGUGAGAGCGGGGACCCUGCCUUACUGCGUCUCUUCUACCAGGUGGCCGAGUACACGUUUCGCCAGUUUCGUGAUCCCGAGUACGGGGAAUGGUUUGGCUACCUGAACCGAGAGGGGAAGGUUGCCCUCACUAUCAAGGGGGGUCCCUUUAAAGGCUGCUUCCACGUGCCGCGGUGCCUUGCCAUGUGCGAAGAGAUGCUGAGCGCCCUGCUGAGCCGCCUCGCCUAGGCUCUACGGCGCCCGGUCCUCGCCCGCUGACCCCGCCCGCCGAAGCGCAGAAUAAAGCUGAGCCUGCACCAUA